AUGCUGAAACGGGGAGAUUCCGAUUGUCGAGUGAAUGAUACUGGACUUGUCUGUGUAAAAUUGAUGGAUAAUCGACCGGUAUACUUCCUGAGUAAUCACAUCAAUCCGACCUUGAUGGUAACUGUAUCAAGAAAGCAAAAGGAUGGAACUGGCAAAGAGGUGACUUGUCCGGAAAUAGUGAAAAAAUACAUUGAAAAUAUGGGCUACGUAGAUAAAAUGUAUAUGUAUAAAUCCCUGUAUGAAGUUGAAAGGAAAUCGAAAAAAUGGUGGCACAUAAUAUUUUUCUAUUUCCUGGAUUUGUCUGUAGUAAAAGCUUUUUUUUCAUACGAAAACCAAACGGAUUCAACAAAUAGGAUUAGCAUAAAAGAUUUUCUAUACUUCGUAGCUGUUGGUUUAGCUGAGGGAAACAAAUCCCUGGGAAAGAAAAGGAAGCCUUCGAAUGGUAACGAAUUAACCAUUUCAAGGUUCAAGUACUUAUUGAGUACUAAAGCCGUACCCCAUAAAUCCCGUUGUAUUUGUUCAAGAUGUGAUGUCGGCUUGUGCCUAUACGACAAAAAAAUUGGUUUGUGA